AUGUCAUCAACGUUUCCUGCUACUUUCUAUAGUCGGCUAGAUGAUUCUUUUAAUCAAGAUGUGGUCACUACUAUUGAGAAAAGCAUGAAAAGACAUACUGACAACAUCAUGUGUUUUCUUGAGGGUAUCGGUUCACGAGUGUCCCAGUUGGAAUUGUGUUACUACAACCUUAAUAAAUCAAUUGGAGAAAUGCGAUCGGAUUUUGUUCGUGACAAUAAGGAUGCGGAUUUUAAACUUAAAUCCCUUGAGAAGCAUGUUCGAGAGGUUAUCAAACACCUCAUAAGAUUGAGCCAUGAUUCACCCGAUGACUCAAAGAUCUUGCUAACUCCUAUGUCGAAAGAAUUGAAGUAUGGAACAAGCUAA